AUGGCGUCUUGCACAAACGACUGCGUGGGCAGCCGGCCAACAGACAGCACGAACGCCAGCCCAAACGCUCUGCUGGCCGACAGCCGCUUCCGAGUAAAGCUGUGCGAUACGGCGGCGCCACCGCUGAGUGAUGGGGCGGCCGGCGUGGGGGACUCUCCUGCACCGUCUCAGUACCUCGUUCCGAUCGAGGCGACAACAGCUGCGGUGGAGUUUAGCACUAAGGUGUCGCUGGUUAAUGCCCUUUCAGGCGCCUAUACUUCGAGUGGCUACCCCUCUGUUAUCAGCACAAGCGGGGCACGCCCUUCAGUCUACGGAGCGUUCGUUGAGCUGCGGAACCCCUCGUUGCAGAGCGUAACGCUGCCACCUGAGGUGACGGUUGUGACUGCAGCCGUGCCACGGCGCGGAAAUGACGCCUCCACAAGAGAGGCGUAUGCGCCGCUGGGUGUUAACACAAAUUCUGGGGAGCAGCAGCAGCAGCAGCAGCCACUGCUGCGUGUGGUAUGGCGACGCGGGUCGCAUCUGUUCAACACGGAGUUGGCAGCCCAGGGCACCGCCUCGCCAACGACACCGCGGCUCGAAAGUCCAAAGUCCUCUCCUGUUGUUCUUCCCAAGUCUGCACUGAACUCGGUCAUACAUCACCUGCGGCAGUAUCCUGACGGCAUCCACGAUGUGCAGACGUCACAGCGUCUCGAUGAGUUGCUUUUGGGCCUACCGCCAAGCCCUCCCCUACCUAACAGUGGCAACGAUGCCGCAGAUGACAACACGACCAAACGUGACACCAACGACAACAACAGUACUGAUAAAAACAAGGAUGGUGAGAACGUAUCGGCGGCAACUUCUACGGCGUCUGCAAAAAUACCUGCUGAAGAAGAACCUACUGGAGAUGCACCGGUGCAGCUGACGCUUGUUACGGCCAGUAGCUUCAAUCACCUUGGUGUCUAUGCCGUCAGGCACCAGGAGGGGCGGCUUCUAGCGUCUGUCCCACUGCAAACACUCACCGCUUCCCUAUCGACACGUAAGAUCACAGCCCACUAUAUUUUCCUUCUCUGCGCAGAUGUUGACGGAGCGUAUGUGGCGCCCGGCGCGUCGUCGGUUGUAUUGCCGUCUGUUCUGCAAGAGGCGGAGCGGCAGUCGUCCAAGAAGACUAAACAAACACGCGGGCCUUCUUCAACAUCUGCCGCGUCGUCUUCGGCAGCGGGGAUGACGCUACAGUUUGAAGAUGUUCAGGUGGAGAAUAGGUCUGGAUGUGAUACCAAUGCGAUGCGUGUCGCGACGUUAUAUGUUGCGUUUGAGCCGUACAUGCUCGUUGGAAACCAAAACGGCGACAUCCUUCUUUUUAGCAUUUUCGAAAGGAAGGUUGUUCAGCGUCUAAACUACGGUGGUGGCGCGGUUGGGGCAACCAACGCGGACACUGCAGUACGGACGCAACGGCAGCUCGUGAGCAGCUCCGUGUCGUGCAUUGCGCAGGUAGAGUACGGCGUUGAGAGGCGUCUAGCGACCGUGAUUGACGGAGCGCUGUCUUGUAGAAUACGUGGUGGCAGUUCCUUCACAAUUCCCACUGUCGGCGCGACAGGCGCCCCGCCGUCUGUGUUUGCCGUUGGCUUUGACAAUGGCCACGUGCUUUUAGUAAAUGUGACGCUGGAUGGGGCAAGGAUAAGCAGGCACAUCACAUCGUUUGGGCAUAAGGUGGUGCAGGGGAUUGCGAUGCGUGUACCGAGCUUUUUCACGCGGUUAUGGCCGACGAACACCCCGACGAACUCCAAAUCUUUGACAUUGUCUGUCUCCCAGCAGCAGGAGGAGGAGGAGGAGUAUUCGUUGGCGCCCGGCAUGGUGACGGUGCCGUCGGAGGCCCUUCUCAUUGACGAGGACACCAAUAUUGCAGCUGUCUCCUGCGACGGCGGCGUGCUGCGUCUCGUCAGGGCGCCAGAGCUGGAACAGGAGGUGUGCCGCACCACUGCACUCAGGAGUAAUGCGGUUGGUGACUUCUUGGCGCUGCAGUGGGUGCCAAGCUGCGCCGACGCCGUGCUGCGCCCGGACCUUCUCAUCGGCACGAAUGAAGAUGACUCCAUCACGGCGUAUCAACUGCACCAGCUUGGUGGCAACGGCACGUGGGGACCAACGCAGGGCAUGCACUCGUACUUUGAAGAAGUGGAGUCGUCUGUCGCCGCCGCCGUUGCUGCUGCUACUGGUGGUGUUUCUCCGCACUUUUGCCACGACAGGUCCCCUCUUACUUCAUCGCAGGGGGUGCGGGACGGCCUUGUUUUUCUCACGCGGCGCAACUUCCACCGCUCCUGGGUGAGUGACUUGUGCGCACUGCCGCUACCCGACGGUUACCUGCUGACUGCGACGUCGUACGACAGCCGGACCUCCUUUUGGCCGCUGCCCUACCGCUCCCUGGCUCCCACGCCGAGUCUAUGCCUGUCACCCCCGCCGCCGCUCGCGCUUGAUCCAUUUCUCCAGCAAUGCUUCUCGGGUUGUAUUGUUCAGGACGUCAGCGUUGCAACCGGGGAUCCGCAGACUGUUGGUGGCUGGGAUCUGUCGGCAGAGCCGGCAGCCGCGGUGACGCUGCACGCCGACCCGACGGUUCGCUGCACCAUUGGCGGUGCUGGCAAGAGUUUUUUUUUGGUCUCUCUGUGCCUUCGAGGACGGCUGAAGUUUUGGGAGGUGAAGCCACUGCUGGGUUAA